AUGGUUUCUAGACUACGUGCUAUUACACUUGUUUCUCAAUCACAUCAAGAUCUUUGCUAUCUAAAAUUAGUCAAUUGUUUUGAUUUUAUGAAUUUCUUUUCAAAAUACUUAAAAAAAACAAGCCAAUGUGGAUGCGUAAAUUGGAAACCCAAUCAUCAUCAAUAUUUUAAUUUCUUAAAAACCAAUUCAAAUAAAAACAAGCAAUUUUUAAAAAAAUCUUUAGAAUUGAUUGAUUUAAGAUCAAAUUUUACUGAAAAUUUUUAUAAAUCAAAUCAGCUAUUUUUUCCUGGAUUAUCUAAUCCUUUAUUUAAUUUUAAUGAACUAAAAAAUAUUAUCAAUUGGGUCAAUAAAAAAGAAAAAAUCGUCAUAACAUUUGCUUAUGAUGAAAUCAAGUUUCAUGGAUCCUUUAACUUUGGAUUAUCUAUUUGGGAUCCAAUUAAUAAUGAUCCAUCAGAUUCUUUAGAUAUCAAUUUUAUUGUUCAAAACAACAUAACUAAAGAAGAACAAAUUAAUUUUCAUUAUGGAGACACCAUAAGAGUUUCAAGGGACGAUCUUAAACAGAUGCUCUCAAAAAUGGUUCAACUCAUUGGCAAAAACAAUAUCUUAAUGUGUAGUGAUCAAAUUCAAAAUAAAUUAGUUGGUUUAAGAAAAAAAAUGGGUUUUCAAUUCUCUCCAGAAAUUCAUUUUGUUGAUAUUGGAACCUUAUGGAAAUUGACAACAACAUUAAAACAAUAUAAAGAAGAAGUUACCUUAGAUACAAUUAGGAAAAACAUUGGUUUGAAUUUAAAUCAUUCUCUUCAAAAUGCUGGAGAUGCUGCAGUUAUUAAAAUGAGAUUAUUAUUUAUGUUAUGCAAUCCUCAAUUAAGAACCGAGAGGUUAUGUUCUUUUUAUUUGACUGAAUUUGAUGAAAAAAAAGUUAAAGGUUGAUCAAAAGAGCAGUAUACAGUUUUUAUCAAUUUUUAAGAUUGUAUACCAAAACUAAGUAUUCUAUUUUUUUUGUGUGUGUAUUUUGAAUCUG